AUGUCAAAAAUUCCAAUAAUGCUAAAAUUGAAUGGAAAUUGGGAUCACUAUGACAUAUUUAGAGAUUUUGAAGUUGAUGCCAUUGUGGUAGAUGAGAAUGCAAGCUACGAAAUUCUGAUUUCUACAAUUGCAGAACAACUAUCGAUUGAUACAUCUGAUAAAAUUGUUGAAAUCAAAUACAUUGUGAACGACAAUUGUCCUCCAAUGGAGAUUAGGAAUGAUAUGGGGGUUCGUGUGUAUAUGGAGACCAAAAAGGAGAAUAAGAACUUAGGUUCGUAUCCUUUAUGUAUAAGCGUAAGAGAUUUCAAUAUGCAAUUGGCAAUCACCAACGAUAGCACAAGUGCAUGUUCGUCUGGAUCCCUAAACUUACUUGAAUUUCCAUCCUCACCAGCUAUAGAGGAAUAUCAAAGUGAAAUAAUAACUGAAUCUACGCAAACAUAUAUUGAAGAAGGACAAGUUUAUCAGGACAAGCAAGUUGUAGCUGCUGUAAUGAAGAAUUUUUCUGUGAUGCACAAGUUCCAGUUCAGAGUAAAAAGAUCUAGUCAUAGAAGCUACUGGCUUAUAUGCGUUGCUGAAAACUGUAAAUGGCACUUCAAGGCAACGUCAAUUAAUGAGUCGGCAAUGUUCAAGAUAAGGAGUUUUAGCCGACAACACACAUGCUCCUUAAUGGACGAAACAUUCAUACAGCGCAAACGUACUGCAGCUGUAGUUGGUAGCAUAAUCGUUCCAAAGUAUUGUAAUCCUAAGGCUGUUUACACACCAAAGGACAUACAAACUGACAUGUUAUCCGAACAUGGACUGAACCUAAGCUACAUGCAAGCAUGGAGAGCCAAUGAAAAGGCUUUACAGUUUUUGAGAGGGAAUUCGUCUGACUCUUACAACAAAUUACCCAAAUAUUUUUAUAUUCUUGAGAAGACUUAUCCUGGUUCUGUUGUUAAAUUGAAGAAGGCAGCAGAUGAUUGCUUCUUAUACGCAUUUGUUGCUCUUUGUACAUCAAUAAGUGGUUGGCAACAUUGUAGGCUAGUAAUAGUGGUUGAUGGGACAUUCUUAAAGUCAGCCUACAGGGGGAUUAUGCUUACAACAAGCACCAUGGAUGCAACAGGUACUAUAUUUCCCUUGGCAUAUGCUGUGGUUGAUUCUGAAAACGACGCGUCUUGGAAGUGGUUCUUUGAGCAAUUCAAGGAGGCAUAUGGUGAAAGACCUUCAAUGUGUGUUGUUUCAGAUAAGAAUGAGAGUAUACUGAAG